UCCCCAUCGGACGCUUUAUCGUUGCACAUCGGCUUCUUAAGAGAAUUAACACGGAUUAUUGCGGUCAAGAGUCGUGAUUUUUUUCUUCUUGCUUUUGCUUAUGAUGUACUACCAAGUUUGAGUCUUUUCUGCGUAUAUAUAUAUAUUUUCGAAUUUAAUAAACGACGCGUGGAAGUUCCCCGAGUGUGAAGGUUGAGUUCCUAACCGGACCAUUUAAACGCGACAUUAGUUCGUGUCCACUGGGUGCGCGUGGCUCGUUGACUUAAAUCACUGUCAGCUCCUGGCCUGCACGAGGAUCUGAGUUCGUAAAAGCCCCUAUUACUUCGCAGGAUGUUUUGGGGAGUUGUUCGCUCGAGAUUUUGGAGCAGUUACAAGGUGCCACUUUCCCAGCUGCUGGCCCUCCGUACUUGCCGAACCAAAGCUUCCCUUCCUUCUCCAGCGUAUAAUUUUUCUCAUCACGUCCAUAGCUUGGUGGGGCGUCCUGACAAUCCAGGCUCUUGCUGGCCGAAGGUGCAGUCUUUACACACGUCCUGUCACCACCACCGGAAGAAGCGGUCAGACGUGGAGCCUGGACCACGUGAACUGGACUUGCUCAGGUACGACAUGAAAGAGGUGAAGCGGACCCCCAAGCCGGCACUCUACCUGGGCAUUUUGGGAUUGGUGCCAUUUGUCUCCGCUCCGCUGCUGAUGGCUGUCAUGGAGGUGUAUUACCCUGAGGUGGCCUACGCGCAAGUCGCUUAUGGGGCCUGCAUCCUGUCAUUUCUUGGGGGGGCCCGAUGGGGGUUCACAGUGCCAGAGGGGAGCCCUGCUCCGCCUGACUGGCUGAACUUGGCCAACAGUGUGGUGCCACCAUUGGUGGCAUGGGUGGCUCUCUUGCUCAGGGGCAGCAUCACUGAAGCUGCGCUUAUGGUCAUCAUGGGACUGGGUAUAGCACUGCACUAUGAUAUUUCCCUUCUUCCUGGUUACCCAGCAUGGUUCAAAGCUCUUCGAGCCAUAUUGACUGUGGUGGCCACAUUUUGCCUGGUGGCAACGCUGAUUUUGAAAAACAUUUACCCUGAGAAGCGUCUGAGCUUGGAUGAUGGGCAACAAAGCUCUGAUGGCUCAAAGGAGAAAUGUCAAUAAACUCUGCAACGUGUGCUUAGACUGCCAAUGAGGCCCAAAUGUCAUUUUUGUACACAAACCGUGCAGAGUUGGAAGAGCGACUUGUGGCACGGAGGACAGAUUGCCAAAUGGGUGGAGAGUGGACACUCUGUACCUUCUCACAAUGUCUGGUUUGCUUUGUCUCUGCAUUUUAAAGCUUAAAAUGUGAAAUAUGGUUGCUUUCAGGUCAAGGUGUGACCCUUGUGAAUCUAGCAGGAUGGGAAAAUUAAAACUGUGUAAAAAGUUAAA